GCAUUACGCGUUUGGCGUUGUUUUGGUUGCUGAUUGGACUGUCGAUCUGGUAGUUAGUUUAAAGUCAGGUGAUUGGUUGAUCUUGCUAUCAGGAGUCAACCGUAGUACUUCAAUGUCAGGUCAAUUAUGA